GCAGGGCGCCGCCGCCGGGGCUCUAGGCGCUGACUCCAUGGCCGGCUUGCGGGUCCCGAACUCCGCCUCGGGCCAGGGCCCAGGGGGCCGCCGGAGGUCCUGGACCGAGCUGCUGGCGGGAAGGCUCAAGAGGCAGAAAUACAAUCCUGAAAGGGCGCAGAAAUUAAAGGACUCAGCAGUGCGCCUCCUGCGACGCCACCAGGACCCGACUGCCCUGUUGCUUGAGGUAGAAGGUCCACCGUGUAACAAAUUGUCUCUCAACAAAUUGAUUGACUGUGACAGUUCUGAGGCCUGUGCUAAUCAUUCUAGUUCCUUUAUAGGCUCUGCUUUGCAGGAUCAAGCCUCAAGGCUAGGGAUUCCCGUGGGUGUUCUCUCAGCCGGGAUGGUUGCCUCCAGCGUGGGACAGGUCUGCACAGCUGCGGCGGCGACCAGUCACCCUGUGCUGCUGACUGCGGAGCACAGAAAGAAGCUGUCUUCCCUGUUAGAGUUUGCUCAGUAUUUACUGGCACACAGUAUGUUCUCCCGUCUUUCCUUCUGUCAAGAAUUAUGGAAAAUACAGAAUUCUUUGUUGCUCGAAGUGGUGUGGCAUCUUCAUGUACAAGGCAUCGUGAGCCUGGAAGAGCUGCUGGAAAGCCAUCCCGACAUGCGUUGCCGUGGGACAUGGCUCUUCAGGAAUCUGUGCUGCCUUUGUGAACAGGAUAGAUGCAUUCCCUGCCAGAUGCUGACGUCGCCCAGGGCCAUGCUUUCAGAUUUUGUGCAAAUGUUUGUUUUGAGGGGAUUUCAGAAAAACUCAGAUCUGAGAAGAACUGUGGAGCCUGAAAAAAUGCCGCAGGUCGCGGUUGAUGUACUGCAGAGAAUGCUGAUUUUUGCACUUGACGCUUUGGCUGCUGGAGUACAAGAGGAGUCCUCCACUCACAAGACCGUGAGGUGCUGGUAUGUUCUUGAGGGUGGUGUGCCUGAUGGACACAUGCUCGGCAGUGUCAUCUCCACAGAUUCUCCGAAGAGGUUCUUCAGUCACACGUUGACUCAGAUACUCACUCACAGCCCUCUGUUGAAAGCAUCUGAUGCUGUUCAGAUGCAGAGAGAGUGGAGCUUUGCGCGGACGCACCCUCUGCUCACCGCACUGUACCGCAGGCUCUUUGUGAUGCUGAGUCCAGAGGAGUUGGUUGGCCAUUUGCAAGAAGUUCUGGAAACGCAGGAGGUUCACUGGCAGCGAGUGCUCUCCUUUGUAUCUGCACUGGUUGUCUGCUUUCCAGAAGCGCAGCAGCUACUUGAAGACUGGGUGGCGCGUUUGAUGGCCCAGGCAUUCGAGAGCUGCCAGCUGGACAGCAUGGUCACUGCGUUCCUGGUUGUGCGCCAGGCAGCACUGGAGGGCCCCUCUGCGUUCCAGUCAUAUGCAGACUGGUUCAAGGUAACCUUCCUGUGUCACCGAGGCUGGAAUGGGUGCUCUGUAAAGGCCGUGUUUCUCUACUCAGAACUGUGGAUGUUGGAAGUGAAUUGUGGCCUCCCUGGAGUCCGGCAGUUCCCAGACAAUGGUGCUCACUCUGCCAUCUAUCCUCAGGUGCACAUUCUCCACCCUCCCCUCGUCCGCAAGUACCGCUCCCUCCUCACAGACUACAUCUCAUUGGCCAAGACACGGCUGGCUGACCUCAAGGCAAGCUGCCCCUCCAUGGGGACCUAUGAGGAUUUGUCAUCAGCUGAGGACAUUACUGGACCCCACAGCCAAGCUCUUCAGGAUGUUGAAAAGGCCGUCAUGGUGUUUGAGCAUACGGGGAAAAUCCCAGUUACCGUCAUGGAGGCCAGCAUAUUCAGGAGGCCUUACUACGUGUCCCACUUCCUCCCUGCCCUGCUCACACCUCGAGUGCUCCCCAAAGUCCCUGACUCCCGUGUGGCGUUUAUAGAGUCUCUGAAGAGAGCAGAUAAAAUCCCCCCAUCUCUGUACUCCACCUACUGCCAGGCCUGCUCCGCUGCUGAAGAGAAGCCGGAAGAUGCAGCCCUGGGAGUGAGGGCAGAACCCAGCUCUGCUGAGGAGCCCCUGGAACAGCUCACGGCUGCACUGGGAGAGCUCAGAUCCUCCAUGACAGACCCCAGCCAGAGUGACGUUAUAUCGGCACAGGUGGCAGUGAUUUCUGAAAGACUGAGGGCUGCCCUGGGCCACAAUGAGGAUGACAGCAGCGCUGAGAUAUCAAAGAUUCAGCUCAGCAUCAACGCGCCGAGACUGGAGCCACGGGAAUACACGGCUGUGGACCUCCUGCUGACGUCUUUCUGUCAGAACCUGAUGGCAGCCUCCAGUGUCGCUCCCCCGGAGAGGCAGGGCCCCUGGGCUACCCUCUUCAUGAGGACCAUGUGUGGACGCGUGCUCCCUGCAGUGCUCACCCGGCUCUGCCAGCUGCUCCAUCACCAGAGCCCAAGCCUGAGUGCCCCACAUGUGCUGGGAUUGGCUGCCCUGGCCGUGCACCUGGGUGAGUCCAGGUCUGCGCUCCCGGAGGUGGAUGUGGGUCGUCCUGCCCCUGAUGCUGGCCUUCCUGUCCCUGCACUCUUUGACAGCCUCCUGACCUGUAGGACGAGAGAUUCCUUGCUCUUCUGCCUGAAGUUUUUUUCAGCGGCAAUUUCGUACUCUCUGUGCAAGUUUUCUUCCCAGUCACGAGAUAUUUUGCACAGCUGCUUAUCUCCAGGCCUUAUUAAAAAGUUUCAGUUCCUUGUGUUCAGAUUGUUCUCAGAGGCCCGACAGCCUCUUUCUCAAGAGGACGCAGCCAGCCUUUCCUGGAGACCCUUGUACCUUCCUUCCGCAGACUGGCAGAGAGCUGCCCUCUCUCUCUGGACACACAGAACCUUCCGAGAACUGUUGAAAGAGGAAGAUGUUCAUUUAACUUACCAAGACUGGUUACACCUGGAGCUGGAAAUUCAACCUGAAGCUGAUGCUCUUUCAGAUACUGAACGGCAGGACUUCCACCAGUGGGCGAUCUAUGAGCACUUUCUCCCUAAGUCCUCUGCUUCAGGAGGCUGUGACGGAGACCUGGAGGCUGCGUGUACCAUUCUUGUCAACGCUCUGAUGGAUUUCCACCAAAGCUCAAGGAGUUAUGACCACUCAGAGAAUUCCGAUUUGGUCUUUAGUGGCCGCACAGGAAAUGAGGACAUUAUUUCCAGAUUGCAGGAGAUGGUAGCUGACCUGGAGCUGCAGCAGGACCCCUCAGUGCCUCUCGGCCACACCCCUUCCCAGGGGCACUUCCUCUUUGGGAUUUUCUGCCGACGACUCCAGGCUCUGACAAGCGGUUGGAACGUGGCUGCCAGCCUUCAGAGACAGAGGGAGCUGCUCAUGUACAAACGGAUCCUCCUCCGCCUGCCUUCGUCUGUCCUCUGCGGCAGCAGCUUCCAGGCCGAACAGCCCAUCACUGCCAGAUGCAAGCAGUUCUUCCACUUGGUCAACUCUGAGAUGAGAAACUUCUGUUCCCAUGGAGGUGCCCUGACACAGGACAUCACUGCCCACUUCUUCAGGGGCCUCCUGAACGCCUGUCUGCGGAGCAGAGACCCCUCCCUAAUGGUCGACUUCAUAUUGGCCAAGUGCCAGACAAAAUGCCCCUUAAUUUUGACCUCUGCUCUGUUGUGGUGGCCGAGCCUGGAGCCUGUGCUGCUCUGCCAGUGGAGGAGACACUGCCAGAGCCCACUGCCCCGGGAACUGCAGAAGCUGCAAGAAGGCCGGCAGUUUGCCAGCGAUUUCCUCUCCCCUGAUGCCGCCUCCCCGGCACCUAACCCGGCCUGGCUCUCAGCUGCUGCACUGCACUUUGCGAUUCAACAAGUCAGGGAAGAAAACGUCAGGAAGCAGCUAACAAAGCUGGACUGCGAGAGAGAGGAGCUAUUGGUUUUCCUUUUCUUCUUCUCCUUGAUGGGCCUGCUCUCGUCACAUCUGACCUCAAAUAGUGCCACGGACCCAUCGAAGGCUUUAGGUGUUUGUGCUGCAGUCCUCGAGUGCUUAGAGAAGAGGAAGAUAUCCUGGCUGGCGCUCUUCCAGCUGACAGAGAGUGACCUCCGGCUGGGGCGACUCCUCCUCCGCGUGGCCCCGGAUCAGCAUACCAGGCUGCUGCCCUUCACGUUCUACAGUCUUCUCUCCUACUUCCACGACGACGCGGCCAUCAGGGAAGAGGCCUUCCUGCAUGUUGCUGUUGACAUGUACCUGAAGCUGGUCCAGCUCUUCGUGGCUGGGGACACAAGCACAGUUUCACCUCCAGCCGGCAGGAGCCUGGAGCUCCAGGGUCAGGGCAACCCUGUGGAAUUGAUAACAAAAGCUCGUCUUUUUCUGCUGCAGUUAAUACCUCGGUGCCCGAAAAAGAGCUUCUCACACAUAGCAGAGCUGCUGGCUGAUCGUGGGGACUGCGACCCAGAGGUGAGCACUGCCCUCCGGAGCCGGCAGCAGGCUGCUCCUGACGCUGACCUGUACCAGGAGCCUCAUCUCUUCUGAGAGGACCUACCACUGCACACCAGCCCAGCUCCUUUGUAAAUAAUUUAUUACAAGCAUAACACGGAGCUCUUGUUGCACUAAAAAGUGGAUUACAAA